CUCGAUGGCCCGCACUGGACCCACCACCCCCCCCCCCCCCCUUGGGGAGCUCGCUGGCCUGCACUGGACCCACCGGCCCUCCCCCCUCCCCCUGGGGAGCUCGCUGGCCCGCACUAGACCCACCGGACCUACCCCCCUCCCCCUCUGGGGAGCUCGCUGACCUGCACUGGACCCACCGGCCCUCUGCCCCCCCCUCUUGGGGAGCUCGCUGGCCCGCACUAGACCCACCGGCCCUCCCCCCCCCCUUGGGGAGCUCGCUGGCCCGCACUGGACCCACCGGCCCUCCCCCCCCCUUGGGGAGCUCGCUGGCCCGCACUGGACCCACCGGCCCUCCCCCCCCCCCUGGGGAGCUCGCUGGCCCGCACUGGACCCACCAGCCCUCCCCUCCCCUCCUGGGGAGCUCGUUGGCCCGCACUGGACCCACCGGCCCUCCUCACCCCUUGAGAAUGGCCCUCUGGCUGGCAUGUGAUCCUCUUCCCUCCCCGGGAGCGCUUGGGCGCUUCGCCAUCACUCGCGCUAGUGGCGAUUUCAUCCCCACGCUCGCUGGUGGCGAUAUCCCCCUACUGCGCUAG